GCGCCUGUUCAUUCUUGCUUCGUUGUAUUAUAGCUCUGUAGAGUAUAGGGAAAUGGCCAGGACCAAGCAGACCGCUCGCAAGUCUACUGGAGGGAAAGCUCCCCGAAAGCAGCUGGCAACCAAAGCCGCCCGGAAGAGCGCCCCAGCUACCGGAGGUGUGAAGAAGCCUCACCGUUACCGUCCAGGGACUGUUGCCCUUCGAGAGAUCCGCCGCUAUCAGAAGUCAACAGAGCUGCUGAUCCGCAAGCUGCCCUUCCAGCGUCUGGUGCGGGAGAUCGCCCAGGACUUCAAGACCGACCUGCGCUUCCAGAGCUCCGCCGUCAUGGCCCUACAAGAGGCUAGUGAGGCUUAUCUGGUGGGGCUGUUCGAGGACACCAACCUGUGCGCCAUCCACGCCAAGAGGGUGACCAUCAUGCCCAAAGACAUCCAGCUGGCCCGCAGGAUCCGAGGGGAGAGGGCAUAGAUACUCGGCACUCCUAUACACACGCAACAACACAAAGGCUCUUCAGAGCCACCAAAUCUUUCUAUAAACUAGCUGAAGCAUAAGCUACAUAUUGGUGUUUAAUAGGAAGAAUGUUAAAUCCUUUCUCUGCACGGGCUCCUUAUAGUUAGUAGUCACACAGCUCCCGGCCCCUUCCAGCUUGCCGCUGCCCUGACUCCAGUAAGGAGCCUCCUCUAUACUAGUCUGCUAUACACAGACAUCCACACUGUCCAGAUGUAGCUACAGUAAAACUCAACCUAUAGAUCUAGCGCCUAGGCCAGCCGUGGCCAACCUGUGGCUCUUGAGCCGCAUGUGGCUCUUUCGUUAUUCAAAUGUGGCUCCCGACACUCAGUCACCUGACCACAACAGAUCCUGGAAACUGGUACACUCCAACCAGAAACACAGCAGCACUACGGCAACUGAAACCUGGGGAACCAGAUAUUGGGCUGUAGGGACAUAUGAGGGUGUGCUGGAGUGACACAGAAGGAUCCUGGCAGGAGAGAAAUAAUGGGGGAGCUGGCUGGAGUGACACAGGAGGAUCCUGGCAGAAAAGACAUAAUGGGGGAGCUGGCUGGAGUGACACAGGAGGGUGCUGGCAGGAGUGACACAAUGGGGAGCUGGCUGGAGUGACCAAGGAGAAUCCUGGCAGGAGAGACACAAUGGGCAGCUGGCAGGAGUGACAAAGGAGGGUGCUGGCUGGAGUGACACAGAAGGAUCCUGGCAGGAGAGACAUAAUGGGGGAGCUGGCUGGAGUGACACAGGAGGAUCCUGGCAGGAGUGACACAAUGGGGAGCUGGCUGGAGUGACAAAGGAGAAUCCUGGCAGGAGUGACACAAUGGGGAGCUGGCUGGAGUGACAAAGGAGGGUGCUGGCUGGAGUGACACAGAAGGAUCCUGGCAGGAGAGACAUAAUGGGGGAGCUGGCUGGAGUGACACAGGAGGGUGCUGGCAGGAGAGACACAAUGGGGAGCUGACUGGAGUGACAAAGGAGGGUGCUGGCUGGAGUGACACAUUGACACAUAGGGGAGCUGGCUGGAGUGACACAUGGAGUGACACAUGGAGCUGAAGUGUAUUAUGUGAAUAUGGCUUUUUCAAUAUAUUUUAUGUGGAUCUGGAUUUUUUUAAUUAUUUUAUGUGGAAGUGUCUUUUUCAAUGUAUUUUAUGUUGAUUCUGGCUUUAAAAUGUAUUUUAUGUGGAUCUGGCCAUUUCAUUGUAUUUUAUACCAUGGGGUGUGGCCUAGCAGGCACAAGGUCACACCACAUUUUUGCACACACGCCUUCGGCUUGAUGUCGGCUCUUUGACGUACCUAACAAGAUUUAUUGGCUCUUUGUCUCUGACUGGUUGGCCACCCCUGGCCUAGGCUCUCCAGUACUUUAUCUGGGGGCCGAGCUUUUAGCCGUGCCGCUCCGACUCUGAAACUUCCCCGUCUUUCGAAACGAUCUUCUUACACAUCCCUUUACUAUCUCCUGCUCUCAGUAUUGUAUGAAAAGCUUUUCUGUGCUAUAUUAUUUUCAUUCUAUUUAGCCACUUGAGUGGUAUUGGAGGAAGAUCGCUACAUAAAAUAAAUUAUUA